GGGAAAGGGGAAGGGCGGGAAGGCGAAAGGAAGUGGGAGGCGGAAGACUCGGGAAUUUCAUACAUGGAAGCAAGUUGCGACCGGUGUUCUGGUGGCAGAUGCACGAUGUGGAUGCUGGUAUAAGAACUACUUCGACGUUAUCCUUGAUGCUACUUUGUGUUUAGUAGCUGUGAUGUUCUUGCUGUGGUCGAGAGAAUGAAGAAGUCUAUCACGUUUCACCGUUCACUGAUUUUGCAUAUCUGUCUUCGUCAUCAACCUUGUAAAACCAACACCUCAUGAACAUGAUCUCAGCCUCCCUGUGGGCCAAGCUACCGAGCGGCAACACCGGCGUCGAGGAUACUUAUUUCUUCCGAAAAGAUGAAACCCCAACAAAACCCGGAUGUUCCGAAUCUCUCCGCGGAGAAAAUGUUGGCGACGCUGAGCCCGAAUUUCGAACAGCUUAUGAAUUGCAAAAGUAUCGCACUCGUAUAAAUGCAUUACAAAUCUCCUCAGCAUGACAAAUGGAACAAACGUCUCAUGCUGAUUUAGCUUGGCAAAGAAAUUUGUCUUGCAUAACUGCAAGUACUACGAAUGCGAUACUUUUGCACUGGAUACAGUUUUUGGAACAGCAAUUCCCGGUGACGCAAGCAAAGAUCCCAAUGCAGGCUUCCGAUGCGAUAUCAAAUACAAAUGUGUCUGGGUCUGGAAGAGUGGAACUUGUAAUGCUGCCUGCGGAUUCUGAAAAUAUCUGUGCUGCAUGAGCAGCAAGAAGAGUCAGCUUUUGGCACGCGGUGAGAGCAUCUCCCGUGCGCCCAGCAUGACAGACCUCACGGGUCAUGCAGUAAUGCGGGCACCAGCAUCCCGACUUCUCGAGACCCAGGAGACAUAUUUGCAUUGGAUAUGCGAACAUGCGUUUCAUGGCGACUAGCAACAGUUUGCUGAUUGUCCAAGCGCAGCAUCUUGCUAGGAGCAAGAAAAUAUCUGAAGACCGAGUCUAUCUGUAGAUAGCGGAGGACUCCGCAGCGCACUAUUUGGUUGAUAGAAUGACCAAGCAAGGCGCUCCGUGAGGUGCGGAGUUCCUAUGCUCUCCAGGGUUUGGCAAUCGCGGACGCAUUUUGUGUAUCGUCUUACUUCUAUUUUUCUCUGCUUGAACAAGUUGGGAGACAAAAAAAGACUUCCAACAAGCGAAGGAGCGAAGGCCAAGGCUUCUACUUUCAAGAUUAUGUUGCUGGCACCUCGAUGGAAAUGUAAAAACAUCCCGCGAAGAAUGAAAAUACGCACAUGACAAGUGGAAUAAUCUCCGCGGAGGCGGAGGUGAGAAAGGUCUGAGCUUAGCACGGACGCCUGACUGAAUCACUUGUGUUGUUGGUGUCUUUCAUCCUGACAGUGCUUCAUCUCUACAACUCCUGGACGAUGCUUUAUUAUUGCUUGGCUUGCGAAAUGAUUUCGGUUUCGCUACCUACGCCUGGACUUGGCUCGCUCCUCCGGCUUGAUAAUGAAGAGGCGGUGGGGGUGCAGCAUCCGAAAAUAAAGAAACCGUGCCCAUUAAUAUCGUAUCAAUGCUAAUACUGCUUGCAGUAGCAACAUGCAGUAGCAACACAUUGUAGAGAAUCUAGAGAAAAUUUCUCUGACGCUAUUGCGGAUUGCUUUGAAGAUCAACACUUUCCUGACGUCUUCGUUUUUCCGUGUAUUCCGUAGCGUAUCAACUACAUGCAAAGUGGAAGCUUUUGACCUCUGACGCCUGUUUUUGAAGACUGCGUAUUAGGAUAGGCUAGUAAUGCUCCCGCGUAAAAGACUCAAAACCCGACCCAGAGCGAACACAAACAGGAAAAAGAUCUUCAAAUGAGAACAAGAGCAAAUAACAUAAGCGGGAUGACAAGAGCAAUAACAAUAGUGAGGGAACAGACAGAAGACGCAAUACCGAUG